CGAGCCGACCAGCCAGCAGCCAGCCAGCUCGGGGUGUCUGUUGGUCAUGAGCGACCGGAAGGUUGUGGAGGCCUUGUGGCUGUUUGCGCUACGUGGCGUACGAGCUGAAUAAUUUUCGCGAUCGACCGUGCCUAGGUAUUUCGCAGCUGCCAGCCUCUGCAGGCCGACGCAUCAUUCCAAACUCAGUCGGGCUCCUCCGGGCGCCCCCCAGCUGCCAGACAUGAUGGAAGGUGGCGACGCGGUCCAGCCGUCCUCCUUGGCCGUGUUCUUCAGGCGCGCCGGUCAGAGCUACCAGCGGAUGCUGGACGUGUGGACACCGUACACAUUGGCACGGUGGCUGGGGGCAGUGCUGCUGCUGGUGGCGUUUCUGGGGCGCAUCUUGUACCUGCAGGGCUGGUACAUCAUCACCUAUGCGCUGGGCAUCUACCACCUCAACCUCUUCAUUGCCUUUCUUACGCCCAAGGUGGAUCCGGCUCUGGGCACCGACGACUACGAGGACGGUCCAGAGCUUCCCACAAAGGUCAAUGAAGAAUUUCGACCGUUCAUUCGUCGAUUACCAGAGUUCAAGUUCUGGUAUUCGGCCACCAAAGCAACGCUGGUGGCAAUAGCGUGCACAUUUUUUGAUGCAUUCAACGUGCCUGUCUUCUGGCCCAUCCUGCUGCUCUACUUCAUCACACUCUUCUGCCUCACCAUGAAGCGGCAGAUCAAGCACAUGCUGAAGUACCGGUACCUGCCGUGGACUCAUGGCAAGACGCAAUACCGAGCACGGGACAUGGCAAGUGGCCCGCUCAAGUGAGGACCUCUCUUGCCUCCUGCUGCAGUGUCCAGGAGCUGUGACAAGGCUGGCAUCUUCAGGACCUGUUUUUCCAGAAUUGCAUCCCUGUCGGCGAAGACGGGACCGAUCGGCAGUGGAUGCCCACCCUGUUGUGUGCCGUCAAUAAACUGGAGUGGGCCACAGGAGGGGCGCCCUCCCACUUUGU